AUGGAGAAGUACGUGGCCUUAGCGUCGCUGUUCUUCAUCCUCCUCUCCAUCUCCACCUUCUGCCUGGAGACACAUGAGGUCUUCAACACCAUCUACAACAAGACGGAGAACGUGACCGUGGGGAACGUGACCCGCGAGGAGAUCGUGUACGAGGUGGUGACCGAUGGCUGGCUCACGUACGUGGAGGGCGUGUGCGUCAUCUGGUUCACCAUUGAGGUGAUGGCGCGCGUGGUCUUCUGCCCGGACAAGGCCGAGUUCUUCCGCAGCGCGCUCAACAUCAUCGACUUUGUGGCCAUCGUGCCCUUCUACCUGGAGGUGGCUCUGAGCGGCCUGUCCUCCAAGACCGCCAAAGACAUCCUGAGCUUCCUGCGUGUGGUGCGUUUCGUGCGGAUCCUGCGUAUCUUCAAGCUGACCCGGCAUUUCGUCGGGCUGCGUGUGCUCGGCCACACCCUACGCGCCAGUACCAACGAGUUCCUCCUGCUCAUCAUCUUCUUGGCUCUGGGCGUGCUCAUUUUCGCCACCAUGAUUUACUACGCCGAACGCAUUGGAGCCGACCCGGACGAUCCGACUGCGGCUGCCCACACCAACUUCAAGAACAUCCCCAUCGGGUUCUGGUGGGCUGUGGUGACCAUGACCACGCUGGGCUACGGGGACAUGUACCCGGAGACCUGGUCGGGCAUGUUGGUGGGGGCUCUGUGCGCUCUGGCUGGCGUGUUGACCAUCGCCAUGCCCGUGCCCGUCAUCGUCAACAACUUUGGCAUGUACUACUCUCUGGCCAUGGCCAAGCAGAAGCUGCCCAAGAAGAGGAACAAGCACAUCCCGCGGGCGCCGCAGCCGGGGAGUCCCAACUACUGCAAGCCUGACGCGCUCGCCAUGGCCACCGCCUCGCCGCACAGGCUCAUGGGUAAUGUGCUGGGGCCGGGCAUGGUGGGCUCCGGCAGCAUGAUGGGCACUGGAGACUGUCCGCUGGCCCAAGAGGAGAUCAUCGAGAUCAACAGGGCAGGUUGCUAG